CUGCAACCGUGAGGGAGGGGGCGCUCGAGCCACGUCGUUGAAUCAAAUAACCGCUUCAAGCGCAGCUCCACUGUUUACGAAAGAGCAAGGGUGAGAACAUUAAUUACGACAGUCGCGACGUGUCUAAUAGAACCAAAUUCAGGACAACGGGACACCGGCGAGCCUUGAAUUUAUCCCGGUGGUCCCUACUAUCAUCCAAUAGCAGGAGGGUCUUCCCCCUCCAACCAUCCCAUUCAUUCAGGAUGUCCACUCCAGACCCUCCCAUUGGGGGUACCCCUCGACAGGGUCCUUCCCCAGGCCCGGGGCCCUCUCCUGGGGCAAUGCUUGGCCCCAGCCCUGGUCCUUCUCCAGGGGGGUCCUCUCACAGCAUGAUGGGGCCCAGCCCAGGGCCUCCAUCCUCAGGUCACCCCCUGCCUCAGCCUGGGCCCUCUGGAUACUCCCAGGAGAACAUGCACACUCUGCACAAACCACUGGAAGGUAUGGAGAGAACUACUAUGGAGAGGACUGCCAUGGAGAGGACUGCCAUGGAGAGGACUGCCAUGGAGAGGACUGCCAUGGAGAGGACUGCCAUGGAGAGGUCUGCCAUGGAGAGAAAUGCCAUGGAGAGGACUGCCAUGGAGAGAAAUGCCAUGGAGAGGACUAGUAUGGAGAGGACUAGUAUGGAGAGGACUAGUAUGGAGAGGACUAGUAUGGAGAGGACUAGUAUGGAGAGGACUAGUAUGGAGAGGACUGCCAUGGAGAGGGCUGGUAUGGAGAGAACUGGUAUGGAAAGGACUGGUAUGGAGAGAACUGGUAUGCAUGAGAAGGGCAUGAGUGAGGAGUCCCGCUUUGCCCAGAUGAAGGGCAUGCCCAUGAGACAGGGAGGGCACAGUGGCAUGGGCCCUCCUCCCAGCCCCAUGGACCAACACUCUCAAGGCUACCACUCCCCACUCGGCGGCUCUGACCACUCCAGCCCCGUCCCUUCCAACGGCCCCCCUGGCCCUCUCCAACCCUCUAGCGCUGGCCCAAAUCCCUCAGACACCUCCUCCAACCCAGACUCCCAAACCCUGGGGGGCCAGAACCAGCAGCAGAACCGGCCCGGUGGGCCCCAGCAAAGUGGCUCCGGCCCUGGCCCUCAUGGCCCCAGCCCUGGCCCCACCACCCCUGGUGGCCCCGGAGGAGGCCCUACUCCUUUCAACCAGAACCAGCUUCACCAGCUGCGGGCCCAGAUUAUGGCCUAUAAGAUGCUGGCCAGGGGGCAGCCACUACCGGACCAUCUCCAGAUGGCUGUCCAGGGGAAGAGGCCCAUGGGGUGCAGCCCAGGGAUGCAGGGUCCGGGGCCAGGGCAGGGGGGACUGGGGCAGCCCAUGCCCAGCCUAGCUCCUGGAGGUCCUGGAGGUGUGGGACCAGGACCAGGAGGACCCAUGGGCCAGGGCUACAGCAGAGCUCACGGGAUGAUGGGACCCAACAUGCCCCCUCCAGGCCCCUCUGGUCCAACCGGCAUGCAGGGACAGAACCCCAACGGACCCCCCAAGUCCUGGUCUGAAGGUCCGAUGGUAAACGCCGCCGCCCCCUCUAACGCCCCCCAGAAGUUGAUCCCUCCCCAGCCGACGGGCCGUCCCUCCCCCGCUCCACCCUCCAUACCCCCUGCGGCCUCCCCGGUCAUGCCCCCCCAGACCCAGUCCCCUGGGCAGCCGGUCCAGCCCUCACCCAUGGUGCCCCACCAUGCCAAGCAGAACCGCAUUACCCCCAUCCAGAAACCCCACGGACUCGACCCGGUGGAAAUACUGCAGGAGAGGGAGUACAGACUGCAGGCUCGUAUCACCCAUCGUAUAGCUGAGUUGGAGAACCUCCCUGGCUCUCUGGCUGGAGACCUGAGGACCAAGGCCACCAUCGAACUCAAGGCCCUCCAGCUGCUCAACUUCCAGAGACAGCUGCGUCAGGAGGUAGUGGUGUGUAUGCGUAGGGACACCGCUCUGGAGACAGCUCUGGAUGCGAAGGCCUACAAGAGGAGCAAGCGCCAGUCCCUACGAGAGGCUCGCAUCACAGAGAAACUGGAGAAACAGCAGAAGAUCGAACAGGAGCGUAAACGCCGACAGAAACACCAGGAGUAUCUGAGCAUUAUCCUGGCCCACGCCAAAGACUUUAAGGAGUACCACCGCUCCAUCACAGCUAAGAUCCAGAAAGCCACCAAGGCCGUGGCCACAUACCACGCCAACACAGAGCGCGAGCAGAAGAAGGAGAACGAGCGCAUCGAGAAGGAGAGGAUGAGGAGGCUGAUGGCUGAGGAUGAGGAGGGCUACCGUAAACUGAUUGACCAGAAGAAGGACAAGCGUCUGGCCUACCUGCUGCAGCAGACGGAUGAGUACGUGGCCAACCUCACUGAGUUGGUCCGGGCUCACAAGCUGGUACAGGCCCUCAAAGAGAAGAAGAAGAAGAGGAAGAAGAAGAAGAAGCUGGAGAACGCUGAGGGUCAGACUCCUGUACUGGGACCUGAUGGAGAACCUCUAGAUGAGACGUCCCAGAUGAGUGACCUACCAGUGAAGGUGAUCCACGUGGAAAGUGGUAACAUCCUGACAGGGGCGGACGCUCCUAAAGCUGGACAGCUGGACACAUGGCUGGAGAUGAACCCUGGGUACGAGGUGGCCCCUCGCUCUGACAGUGAAGACAGUGGAUCGGAAGAGGAGGAGGAGGAAGAGGAGGAGCCCCAGCCGGCAGUGCCUCCAGUAGUGGUCCUCCCAGUGUUAGUGGGGUUAGAGGAGAAGAAGAAGAAGAUCCCAGACCCAGACAGUGAGGAAGUAUCAGAGGUGGACGUACGACACAUCAUAGAGCACGCUAAACAGGAUGUGGAUGAUGAGUAUAACAGUGCGGAGGCAGCGUUCGCUCGGGGACUCCAGUCUUACUACGCUGUGGCCCAUGCUGUCACUGAGAGAGUGGAGAAACAGUCCACUAUACUCAUCAACGGACAACUGAAACAGUACCAGAUUAAAGGUCUGGAGUGGCUGGUGUCUCUCUACAACAACAAUCUGAAUGGUAUCCUGGCUGAUGAGAUGGGACUAGGAAAGACCAUCCAGACCAUCGCUCUCAUCACGUACCUGAUGGAGAACAAACGAGUCAACGGACCUUUCCUCAUCAUAGUACCGCUCUCAACCCUCUCUAACUGGGUGUAUGAGUUUGACAAGUGGGCUCCGUCUGUAGUGAAAGUCUCCUACAAGGGUUCCCCUCAGGCCAGAAGGGCCUUCAUCCCCCAGCUACGCAGCGGCAAGUUCAACGUUCUCCUCACUACCUAUGAGUACAUCAUCAAGGAUAAACAGGUCCUAGCCAAGAUCCGGUGGAAGUACAUGAUCGUGGACGAGGGCCACCGGAUGAAGAACCACCACUGUAAGCUGACCCAGGUCCUCAACACCCACUACCUGGCCCCCAGGAGAGUUCUCCUAACUGGGACACCGCUCCAGAACAAGCUGCCUGAGCUCUGGGCCCUGCUCAACUUUCUCCUGCCCACCAUCUUUAAGAGCUGCAGUACCUUUGAACAGUGGUUCAAUGCACCAUUCGCUAUGACUGGAGAGAAGGUGGAUCUAAAUGAAGAGGAGACCAUCCUGAUUAUCCGUCGCCUCCACAAGGUGCUCCGCCCCUUCCUGUUACGCAGGCUCAAGAAGGAAGUAGAGGCUCAGCUACCGGAAAAGGUGGAGUAUGUAAUAAAGUGUGAUAUGUCAGCGCUCCAGAGGGUUCUGUACAGACAUAUGCAGGCCAAGGGAGUCCUACUGACAGACGGCUCUGAGAAGGACAAGAAGGGUAAAGGAGGUACCAAGACUCUGAUGAACACCAUCAUGCAGUUGAGGAAGAUCUGUAACCAUCCCUACAUGUUCCAACAGAUAGAGGAAUCUUUCUCUGAGCAUUUAGGAUUUUCCGGGGGGAUAGUGAGUGGUCUUGACCUGUACCGAGCCUCGGGGAAGUUUGAGGUGCUGGACCGUAUCCUGCCCAAGCUGAGGGCCACCAACCACAAGGUGUUGUUGUUCUGUCAGAUGACCUCGCUCAUGACCAUCAUGGAGGACUACUUCGCCUACCGCAACUUCAAGCACCUGCGUCUGGACGGCACCACCAAAGCAGAGGACAGGGGCAUGCUGUUGAAGGCGUUUAACGACCCAGCCUCCCAGUACUUCAUCUUCCUGCUCAGUACCAGAGCCGGCGGGCUGGGCCUCAACCUGCAGUCAGCUGACACCGUGGUCAUCUUCGACUCUGACUGGAACCCUCACCAGGACCUGCAGGCCCAGGACCGCGCGCACCGCAUCGGCCAACUGAACGAGGUCCGCGUCCUGCGUCUCUGCACCGUCAACUCCGUAGAGGAGAAGAUCCUGGCGGCGGCCAAGUACAAACUCAACGUGGACCAGAAGGUCAUCCAGGCCGGCAUGUUUGACCAGAAGUCAUCGAGCCACGAGCGCCGGGCUUUCCUGCAGGCUAUCCUGGAGCACGAGGAACAGGACGAGGUCGGGGCCCCGGGCGGCGUGUGGAAGUCUGGGGGGUCUUGGGAGGAGGACGAGGUGCCAGACGAUGAGACGGUCAACCAGAUGAUCGCCAGGAGCGAGGAGGAGUUUGACCACUUCAUGCGUAUGGACCUGGACAGGAGGCGUGAGGACGCUCGUAACCCCCGCCGUAAGCCCCGUCUGAUGGAGGAGGACGAGCUGCCCACCUGGAUCAUGAAGGAUGAUGCAGAGGUGGAGAGACUCACCUGUGAGGAGGAAGAGGAGAAGAUGUUCGGGAGGGGGUCCCGCCAGCGCAAGGAGGUGGACUACAGUGACUCACUCACCGAGAAGCAGUGGCUCAAGGCCAUUGAGGAAGGCACGUUAGAGGAGAUCGAGGAGGAGGUGCGUCACAAGAAGACCACCCGGAAGCGAAAGCGUGACCGCGAUGACCUCCCUGGCCCUUCCUCUUCCUCCUCGGGGGGCAGGCGGAGCCGGGACAAGGACGAGGACGGGAAGAGACAGAAGAAGAGGGGACGCCCCCCCGCAGAGAAACUCUCCCCCAACCCCCCCGCUCUCACCAAGAAGAUGAAGAAGAUAGUGGACGCUGUUAUUAAAUACAAAGACAGCAGUAAUGGUCGUCAGCUGAGUGAGGUCUUCAUCCAGCUGCCUUCGCGCAAAGAGCUGCCAGAGUACUACGAGCUCAUCCGCAAGCCUGUCGACUUCAGGAAAAUCAAGGAGAGGAUCCGUAGCCACAGAUACCGGAGUCUCGGAGACCUGGAGAGAGAUGUGAUGCUACUCUUUCAGAACGCACAGACCUUCAACCUGGAGGGAUCACUGAUCUACGAGGACUCCAUCGUGCUCCAGUCGGUGUUCACCAGUCUGAGACAGAAGAUCGAGAAGGAGGAGGACAGCGAGGGAGAGGACAGUGAGGAAGAGGAGGAGGACCUGGACGAAGGCUCCGAGUCAGAGUGUGAGUCAUCACUGAAGAAAGGAACCCGCUCCGUGAAGGUGAAGAUCCGUCUGGGACGGAGAGAGAAGAGUAGUGACCGGGGGAAGGGUAGGAGACGUCUGGGACGCACCCGAGCCAAACCUGUAGUCAGCGACGACGACACUGAAGAGGAGCAGGAGGAGGUGAGGGGAGAGGAGGAACGCUCCCCCAGUGGCACCGAUGAAGAAUCCUAAAUGGAAACUAGCUACUUACUCCAACUCUGCUUCCAUUAUUACCAGGUUUCGUUCAACUCCAUUUCAUAUCUACUUGGCACUGGGGAAUUUCACUUCAUAUUGACGCCAACUCCCUCCCUGUUAUGUACAUUAGCACAGCUUUCAUAACAACAACUACUGGACCUGAAGCACUGCUUAGGUGUGGAAAAUAGACUAAUUCUGCCUCAUACUGUUAGUCGAUCUAAACAAACUUGUUAAUGUAAUAUGUGUCAAUUACUAAAAGUGUUAUUUAUUAUUAUUUAUUAUGUCUGGUGUAUUUUGGGGGGGAAGUUGAGGCCAUAUAUAGCGCCUUCAGUAAGUAUUCAUACCGCUUGACUUAUUCCACAUUUUGUUGUGUUACAGUCUGAAUUCAAAAAUAUAUAUAUAUAUUUUUUGACACCCAUCUACACACAAUACCCCAUAAUGACAAAGUGA